AAUAAUCUUAAUGUAGCUAACCUUUGUGCGAAUCCCUAUUCCCUGUCAUACCGUCGUUUAUGCAAAACUUUUAUUGACAGGGCCAGAGAAGCCGCUAAAGAUUCUGGAAAAUCUAAUAAAAGCAGAACUUUACUUUAUUUGAAAAGAAAGAAAGACUAUGAGAAAAAAGUUGACCAGCUAUCUAAACAAAUGUUGAUUUUGGAAAGAAUACUUGAAGAAAUCAGGACUCUUGAUGCUUCAAAAUCAGUUACUGAAGCUAUCCAGUCAGGCGUAGAAACCCUAAAGAGUCUGCUUCCUUUUAAAGUAGAGGUUUUGGGAACCAUGGAUUCUUUAAAAGAUGUUCUUAAAGAAGUUGAAAACUUAAGCCAAAUUGUUCAAUCGGACGACGAUUACGCUGGCCUAGAAGAAGAAUUUAUGGCUAUUGUAUCUGAACUUGAAACUGGGAAACAAGAAAAGCCAGACAAACUCGAGGAGGAAGAACUUAAACGUUGCUUAGACGAAUUGCUUUCAGUCCCGGCAACACCCCCUCCCGAGGAAGAAACUUCCUUUGAAAAGAGUGUUUUGGACCAAUAAAACUUUACUUUAGUUGGCUAUAUUUAUUUUGGUCUGUUGCGCUUACAAAAAGAAAUAUAAGCCUCCCUGUGGCACAAGUAGACGCUACUCCACAAAAUAAUGAAUAAAUAUAUUAUGAUUUU